ACUUAUAUUUUAAAAAUAUUCAACAGUUUUGAGUGUGGGUAAGUGAAGGGGGCCAAAUAUCGACGAAGCAGACAGUAUACCGUCAAAUCUUAUAUGCUGAAACUUCUGGACUGGACAGUAGUGUGCAAAGACUGGAUAAAAAGAGAAAGGAAAAAGCUUGUGUAAGUAAUAGUCAAUUGAGUUGCUCAAUAAUUCUUGAUUUGCAAUUGUUGGUUCUUGCUGUGUUUUAGCCAUCAAUCAUAUGGAGGAAGGAAAAAUGAAAAUAUAUCACGAGAGGCAAAGAUUACAGCUGUGCCUCUUACAUUCCCUCAACAAUCUCUUCCAGGCAAAAGAUGCGUUUACGAGAUCUGAUUUAAAUUCCAUUGCUGGAAAACUUGAUAUGGAUGACCCUAACAGGGGAAGCUGGAGUCCUGUGUCAAUUGUUUUUAAGCCUCAUCAUAAUGAAAUCACUGGGAACUAUGAUAUAAACGUAUUGAUUGCUGCACUGGAACAGAAAGGCAAAAGUGUUGUUUGGCAUGAUAGACGAAAUGGGGCUUCUUCAAUUGAUCUUGAUGGAACUGAUGAUCAACUGAUGGGAAUUGUUCUUAAUGUUCCUGUUAGAAAGUUUAACGGCCUUUGGAGAAGCAGGCAUUGGGUAACAUUAAGAUGUAUUCAAGGGUUUUGGUAUAAUCUGGACAGUGAUUUUGCUGCUCCUUAUGCUUUUAAAGAUACCCAAGAAGUUAGGGAGUUCUUGGAUGGUAUCAUUACUGCUGGUGCUGAGGUUUUACUGGUCAUGAAUGAUAAACAAUGAGUUUUAAGAUGUUCUUUUACCUUCUCAAACAAAGAUGUUCUUUAACUAUGGCUGCCGUUUGAUUUCCUUUUUGACUUAAGCUGUUUGAAGCACUGUGGAUGGGACAUGUCAAGACUUUAGUUCCCAGGUUUGCUACUAAUACAUGCCAUGGGCACAUGCUGGAAGGUGUUAGCGCUGUGAUGGGUUUUCUUUUGGCCUACUACGUUUCCUGUUUCUCAGCUGCAUGUCUGCUGUGAGAUGCCAAUAUUAGUCUGACAUAUUCUAUAUUUACUCUGUGGAGGUUUAGCAUUUGCAUCAGGACAGUUGCUGAUGAGAAACUGCAUCCUCAGAAUGGGAGCAUUUUAUGGAUUGUUUGUAUCAUGUUCAUUUGUUUGGUUGUGAUAAGCUUGCUUGAAGCAAGAUACCUUCGUAUAUGUACUGGUUAGUGCAACAUGUUAGGCGUUUCUUGUGAAUUCUUUUCACUGUUUUAGAAGUUAUUUUAUACACUAUCUGAUUGACUAUAGUUGAAAAUAAUUCAAGUUUUGACUUGAGUUAUCUCCUUAAAGGCAUACUU